AUGCCUAAGAACAAAGGAAAAGGUGGCAAGAACCGACGUAGGGGCAAGAACGAGAACGACAACGAGAAGCGUGAGCUCACCUUUAAGGAGGAGGGCCAAGAGUACGCACAGGUCAUCAAGAUGCUGGGCAACGGCCGCCUGGAAGCACAAUGCUUUGACGGUACCCGCCGCCUAGGGCACAUCCGCGGCAAGCUCAGGAAGAAGGUGUGGAUAAAUCAGGGUGAUAUCAUCCUGCUCAGUCUGCGUGACUACCAAGACGAGAAGGGCGACGUUAUCUUGAAGUACUCCGCCGACGAGGCGCGAUCACUGAAGGCAUACGGUGAGCUGCCUGAAAACGCAAAGAUUAACGAGACCGACACCUACGGCGACCAGGGCGACGAGGGUAUCGGCUUCGAAUUCGACGAGGACCGCGACGACAGCGACGACAGCGACGACAAGGACGGCAAGGAUCUCGACAUCGACGACAUCUAA